CAGCGCUGUCGUCUGUUAGUAGAAGGGGGGGCCGGAAGUAGUCAGGGCGGAGCAGCAGCUGGAGCGAAGCUGCCCCCGCUGGAGGGCUGGGGCCCGUCGCCUCCCGGAGCCAGCCCCGGCAGACAUGGAUUUCCGGGAGAUCCUCAUGGUGGCGUCUGAGCAGCAGGGGCUGAGCUCGGUGUCGAAAAGAUACAGUUUGGCAGUAGGCCCUCCCAAAAAAGAUCCAAGAGUCAAGGGUGUCCAAUCUAAAGCAGUACAAGCUUUUCUGAGACGGAAAGAAGAAGAAAUUAGGCAAAAAGAACUAGCGGCAAAAAGGAAGAAGGAGGAACUUCUAGCUAAGCGUGUUGAACUGAAACAUGACCGCAAAGCAAGAGCUAUGGCCUCACGGACAAAGGACAACUUUUAUGGCUAUAAUGGUAUUCCUAUUGAGGAGAAGCCUAAAAAAAGGCAGACUUCUGAAAAUGUCAGUCGAUGCACAGAUGCAGAAUAUGGGACAGAAGAUGAUGCAGAGCAAUUUGAAUAUAGUCAGACUGAAUCUGAGCAUGAACCAGAGGAAUAUGAAGAGAAACCUUCCAAAGCUCCUGUGAAACCAAAGGCACCUCCCAAAAGUGCUCCUAACCCUAUGAACUUUAUGGAUCUUCUGAGACUGGCUGAAAAAAAACAGUACGAACCAGUAGAAAUAAAAGUAGUGAAAAAGACUGAAGAAAGGCCAAGAACAGCAGAAGAAUUGAGAGAGAGAGAAUUUUUGGAGAGGAAAAACAAAAAGGAGGAAACCCAGAAAGAGAAAAAAAAACUUGACAAAGAGAUUAAGAAUGUAACUGCAUCAAGUUCAACCAAAAAAAUUAUUUCUCAUAAAGAGUUUAUAAAUGCAAAACUUAGCAAAAAUUCAGUGGAUAAACAUUCCUCUUCAAAAGGCAGCUUCUCCUCUGUGUGUGGUGCUGAUAAGAAAUCCAGUGGGCCAGUGUGUAGCGACAAACAUGCAAAGUCAUCAUCUUCCUCCAAAUCCAAUCAAGUGGAAAAAGCAAAAGUUACACAAUAUGGAUCUUUAAAAAGCUCAUCUAGUGGCAUCCAUAGUAAAUCUUCAGUCAAUGGAGUAGGAAAAUUUGGGUCAAACUCUCAUACAUUAAGCUCAAAAACACCUUCUGAUGGGGCUCAGAGAGUACAGUCUGCUAAAGAACUUAGUCUGAAAAAAUCUAGUUCUAGCCACCCAAAACUGAGUAGUGCAGCACCCCCCCACCAUGAAAUUGCUAAAAACUCCAGCUCAGGGAGGCCAGGGAGCAUUACAGGAACGGGUGGGCCCGGGCGGCCGGGGAGCAGUAUGGGACCUGGGCGGCCUGGGAGUAGUACGGGGACCAGAACGGGUGGGCCCGGGCGGCCGGGGAGCAGUAUGGGACCUGGGCGGCCUGGGAGUAGUACGGGGACCAGUGGGCCUGGGAGUGGUGCGGGGACAGCUGGGCCCGGGCGGCCUGGGAGGGGGGCGGGGACAGCUGGGCCCGGGCGUCCAGGGAGCGGUGCGGGGACAGGUGGGUCUGGGCGGCCGGGGAGUGGUGCGGGAACAGGCGGGCCCGGGCGGCCGGGGAGUGGGACGGGUGGGCCCGGGAGGCCGGGAAGCGGUGUGGGGACGGGCGGGCCCGGGAGGCCUGGGAGCGGUGCGGGGUCGGGUGGGCCCGGGAGGCCUGGGAGCGGUGCGGGGUCGGGUGGGCCCGGGAGGCCAGGGGGCAGUGUGGUGCCUGGGCGGCCAGGAAGUGGUGUCGGGAUAGGACCUGCAAAGUCAGUCAGUUCAGGUGUGGGACCUGGGCGACCAGGUAGCAGCUCAGUUUCAACUCCAAAACCUAAGUGCACUGUUGUAUCAGAAACAAUCUCAUCUAAAAAUCUAGUCUCGAGACCAAGUAUUGCACAGAUGAAUGGAACGAGACCUACUUCAGGGCAUAGACCAGUGUUUCAUCCACAAGGUCUUCCAAGGCCUUCUCUUCCACCUAUAAGUUAUAAAAGGCAAAUAGACGAUGACGACGAUGAAUAUGAUUCUGAAAUGGAUGAUUUCAUUGAUGAUGAAGGGCAACCCCAGGAAGAAAUAUCAAAACAUAUUCGAGAAAUAUUUGGCUAUGAUCGGAAUAAGUAUAAAGAUGACAGUGAUUAUGCCUUACGUUACAUGGAAAGCAGCUGGAAAGAACAGCAGAAAGAAGAGGCCAGGAGUUUGAGACUUGGUGUUCAAGAGGACCUAGAAGAGAUGAGACGUGAAGAGGAGGAAUUGAAGCGUAAGAGACAGGCAAAGAAGCUGAGGACACAUUAACUGAUUUACAGUGGUUUUGUUCUCUUUGACCUGGUCACCCUUUUGCCUCCAUAUAUCAGCUGUUAUAGUACGUUAGUUUUUAUUUGCUUAUUGGAGAGCAAGAGAAUAUGUAAGGGAGGAAAGGGCAUUGAAAAACAAGGCUUUAGUUUAACCCUAAAAAUAUUUAUUUUUAAUACUUGCCAGGGUUAAUUUUUUACAAAAAGAAACUAAUGCAGAUUUUUGGAAUAAAAGCUAUUAAUGAAUGUUUCCAUUAACUAAAUUAGUUGUUAAAAAUGCCAGCAGAAGUAUUGACUAACUAUGCACUGGUUUGCAAGAUAUAUAUGGGCCCAUACAACAGUAAAUCAGAUUUGCAUUCUUCAUUGACAUGUGAAAAAUAUGACUUCCAUUUGUGUUCCUUGGUUAUUCUUGAGAGAUAAAGAUACUGCUUUGUGUGUCUAAAAUCUCCUGAGUUAGGAUCCCUCAAAAUAUGGAAAUAUCUUCUAUUCAAAACAAAUUGGUUGUAACUUUCAGCCAUUGCCACUGAUGUUUAAAGCAAUAAAAUAAUGUUUUUCUGAUUUGAGAGCCCUUGUGUCUUAACAAAAAUAGUAAUUAAAUAAUCAGAAGAACCUUUGAUUUCUAAAAAAUGCAUGUCAUUCAUUAUACCUUGCAUUUAGCAGUGUGACCAAAAGAUUGCAUUGGAGUUUUUAUGUCUGGAAUGUCAAUGCCAACCUAUUUCAGUAAAACAUAGAUAAUAAAAAAUUUUCCUGAAAAAUAGGAAUUUCCAGUGUUUGUCUAUAACUUGUACUUUUUGGCUUGUGAAUUUUAAAAUCGGUGUUACAAUUUCAGCUGUUUUUACAUAUUGAAUGUACAGUACACUUAUGUUUUCUCUUGCAUUAAAAAUCAGGGUUUUAAAAUAU